AUGUCUUUGAGCAGACACAUCGACGCCGAAUCCCUCAUCGAGGAGCACAUGCGCCGGCGCGGCGCUGUUGGCACCGCUUCGAAGAAUACCAAACACGUCAUCUCGCCCUACAUCAACCGCUACACCUCUGUCGAGCCUGCUCCCAGAUUUAAAAUCCCGAAGAACGGCGUUGAUGCGAAAUCCGCCUACCAGCUCAUCCGCGAUGAUCUCGACCUUGACGGAAAGCCCAAUCUCAACCUGGCCUCGUUCGUCGGCACCUACAUCGAAACCGAGUCCGAGCGUCUCACCGUCGAGAACCUGACCAAGAACCUCGCGGACAAUGACGAGUACCCGGCACUCAUGGAGAUCCACUCUCGCUGCAUCAAUAUCCUCGGCAGCCUCUGGAACGCGUCGCCCCAGGAGAAACCCGUUGGUUCCGCGACCACCGGUUCUUCGGAGGCAAUUCAUCUCGGAGGUCUCGCCAUGAAGCGCAGAUGGCAGGAGAAGCGACGUGCUGAAGGCAAGGACGCCUCGCAGCCCAACAUCCUCAUGGGUGCCAACGCUCAAGUCGCGCUGGAGAAAUUCGCUCGGUAUUUCGACGUCGAGGCGCGUCUGAUCCCCGUCAGCAAGGAGAGCAACCACUGCAUUGAUCCCACCAAGAUCCUCGACCAGAUCGACGAAAAUACAAUUGGUAUCUUCAUCAUCCUCGGAUCAACCUACACCGGCCACUACGAGCCCGUCGAGCAGAUCAGCAAAAUGCUCGACGACCUCCAGGAUCGCACCGGUCUCGAUAUCCCGAUCCACAUCGACGGCGCCUCCGGUGGCUUUGUCGCGCCGUUCUGUCACCCGAACGUGAAAUGGGACUUCCGCCUCAAGCGCGUGCACAGCAUCAACACCUCCGGCCACAAGUUCGGCCUCGUGACUGCCGGUCUGGGAUGGAUCAUCUGGCGAUCGGAGGAGUAUCUUCCCAAGCACCUUGUCUUUGAGCUGAAAUACCUCGGAGGCGUCGAGCAGUCCUUCACGCUCAACUUCUCGCGCCCAGGACACCAGGUCAUUCAGCAGUACUUCAACUUCCUCCACCUGGGCUACGACGGCUACGCACGCAUCCAGCGAAACUCUCUUUCGAACGCAAGACUCUUGUCUGAAGUGCUCGAGGACUCGGGUCUAUUUGUAUGCUUGUCCGAGAUCCACCGGCCGAAAGGCGUCCACACGUUCUCACCCGAGACCUCCAAGGGCGCCGAAGCCGAUCUUGAUGAUGAUCCCGAGUCUUACAAUGCCGGUCUUCCUGUCGUUGCCUGGAGAUUCAAGGACGAGAUCUUGAAGAACUUUCCCCAUGCUAAGCAGUCCAGCAUGGCCACGCUGUUGCGUGUGAAAGGAUACAUCAUUCCCAACUACCCCCUCCCACCCGACGAAGAAGAGGUUGAAAUCCUCCGCGUCGUCGUUCGCGAGUCCAUGACCGCCGACCUUCUCAGCAAGCUCUGCGAAGACAUCAUCAGCAUCGCAGAGUCCCUGAUCAACGGCGACGCCGACGACAUGCAUUCGCCCGCCCAUCCCCUCAACGCCGUGCAGAAGCUCACCACGCUUUCGCGCAGAGCUACGAGUCUUGGUGCGCUUUCGGAGCAUACGAGUCAGAUUAACCUCAAUGAGGAGCCGCGCAAGCAUAAGCAUGGUCACUUCAAAGGUGUUUGCUAGCUGAGUCUGUGUCUAUAAAAGUAUGGUGUAUUGUACGAAAAUGUAAUUAAAAUUUUACGAGUGG